GGAAGUGAGAGAUCACCGUCUGUUUUUCUGUUAGUUGGUGGUGAUACAGGAUGCAGCUAACACCAUUCUGCCUGAUGCUGACCUGUCUUCAGGUCAACCCUGACAGGUCUCAGUUCUUCAGGUAUGACAACAUCUCUUUGAGCUGUGGCGAACAGUUGAACAACACUGGUUGGAAAGUGAAGAGGAAAACGCUCGCGGGGGGGACCAGACCCUGCUCCUCUGGCUGGGGUUAUGCCUCCUCGGGUUCGACUUGCAUCAUCGGACAAACCUACCCACCAGAUAGCGGCGUGUACUGGUGUGAGUCUGUCAGUGGGGAGCAGAGCAAUGUGGUCAACAUUACCAUUACUGAUCAGCCUGUGAUUCUGGAGAGUCCUGCCCUCCCCGUGUCCGAGGGUGCCACUGUAACACUGCAUUGUACACCUGAGACAAAGUCCUUCAACCAGUUUUUUGAUUUCUAUAAAGAUGGCCACUGCAUCAAAAGGAACUCCACAGGAGAAAUCACCAUUAAAAGCGUUUCUAAAUCUGAUGAAGGACUCUAUAAAUGCAGCAUUUCAGGAGGUGAAGAAUCACUAGGCAGCUGGCUGGCAGUUGAUGCUUCAUCUCAGGAUUUUCCUUCAUCUACAUCUGCAGCUGAACCGGCAGCUCCCUGCUCUUUUUCGGUCUUAAGACUAGUAUUUCACCUGUUGGUGGGAACGCCUUACCUGGUGUCCACUGUUCUACUGGGGCUUAUAUACCGAGACAGGAGGAGAGCAGCUCAGAUUGCUGCAAAGAGAACACACAUGGAUCAUGUCAUCAUGGAAAUAGUUGUUUAACCAAACGAGCUGAUGAAAAUGUACCACGGGGUGUCCUGAACGACCACUUAAUGUGCGUGAGGUCAUCAUAGCAAUAUGGACGAAAGACCCAUGGCAUGUGACGCAAACACCACAACAGGUUGAGGAUGCUGAGGCGAUGGUUCACCUGCUGCUCGAUGUAUGACACCGGGUCUUUGGGGACUAUUGAUGAGUUAGGCUCAGACAGAAAGGUUUGAAUUCAGUUAACAUCCACUCAUUUGAAUGGAAUUUUUAUCUGUUUGGAAAACCAAAAUUGAAUAACCGGAGUGCAAAACGAUGCAUACUUAAUUUGCUUUUUUAGCAUCUAGCUAAAACAAACCAAUGGGUUAAUAACCCUAGAUGGGUCACCAGAGACCUGCUGAAUGUUAGGAGAUUAAAAACAGAAAGAGCAAGUGUGUGUGUGAGACCACAUGGUGGUGUCAAAGAUGUGUCUUAGUAAUUCCUGUAAUUAGUUUUUUUUUGUUUAAUUUUUGUUUUUGUUUUAUUUGAAAACAGUGGUAAGGUUUUGAGUUAAUAUUUGAUAUGUUAGGUUCUUGUCAAUAGUUUUUCAUCUAUUAUGAUCUUUUUGUACAGAUUUAACUGAUUUUUUUAUUAUUUUAGUUGAAUUCUUAAUUUCAUAGCAAGAAUAAAUAUAUUUUAAAAAUAAAUACUUCAUGUCUGGAGAUGAAGAGA